GCGUCGUCGUCGUGUUCUUCACCGUUAUUCAAAUCCAUUCUUCUCACUGAAAUUUCAGGACAGGGAUAUCUAUCAGUUCCUCAAUCUGCGCACCAUCUCUAUUGAUUUCAUUUUUUUUUUCUUUCAAAUCUACGGUUAUCGAAGCACAAUUGCCCUAAUGUUCGUAUGUAGCCUUCCAACAUUUUUUCUGCUGCACAAUUCUCACUUUUAGUUUCUAAUCUCAUUGUCUCUACUAAAAAUCCCUCGAUUGCUCCAGCUAUUUUCGUGAUAUACCCCUUAAUUCACCCACACUUGACACAAAUCUCAGAGGAAAUAGCACACUCGGCGACCGGAGCUGCGCACAUGCUGUAGAUUCAGAAGGUUUAAGGCUUGAAAUUACAAUGAACCAGCAUAAUCCAAACAGCAAUAACAAUCUGAUUAGAGGAAAUAUAAGUUUUGCAAAUGCAGGGGGGGUUCAAAUGCAAGUGCAAAGGCCAAUGCAAAUAUCCAUGAGCAAUAACCAACAACAGAUACCCCAUCAGCCUCAUGUGCAACAUGCGGGAAGGCCCUAUUUCGCAGGACAUUUCCAACUAUCUGAAGGUCAGCCUCAGACAUUUGUCCAAGCCCAGCCUGGGCAAGUUCAAGCUCCUGCGCAAAUCUUGGCCUCACCCCAGGGAAAUGCUAACAUUAGCAUCUCAUCUCCUCCCAUGUCCACACCGGGUUCUGGUGCAGCUGGAACGGGCAAGCGCCUUCAUAAGCCUCCUUCUCGGCCUUCUGGGGGAUCCUCUGGCCAGGGCACUGCUUCUCCUAUGAAAACUAUGGAAUUGGCCCCUGCUGUGCGUAGAGGGAAGCGGAAGCUUCCUGAUAAAGUAAUUCCAGAAAAAAUUGCAGCUAUAAUUCCAGAAUGUGCUCUUUACAGUCAAUUGCUAGAAUUUGAGGCUCGUGUGGAUGCUGCACUUGCAAGAAAGAAGAUUGACAUCAUGGAAUCUUUGAAAAACCCUGUCCGGGUUCAAAAGGUUCUUAGGAUAUAUGUCUUCAAUACUUUUGCUAAGCAAACAGAUAUAAGUACAGAUAAGGAAAAUUCUGAGCCACCUUCAUGGUCCCUUAGGCUAAUUGGACAAAUUUUAGAGGAUGGCAAGGAUCCUAUUGUGGAAGGGCAGAUUGAGAAACCAAAGUGUUCAUAUCCAAAGUUAUCAUCUUUCUUUAAGAAAAUCACGAUAUACUUGGAUCAGAAUCUAUAUCCUGAAAAUCAUGUGAUCUUAUGGGAGAGUUCUCGAUCACCAGCGCUCCGUGAAGGUUUUGAGGUGAAGAGAAAAGGCGACAAGGAGUUCACAGCAAUUAUUAGAUUGGAGAUGAAUCAUGAGCCUGAAAGAUUUAAAUUGUCUUCAGCACUGCAGGAAGUUCUUGGAAUUGAGGUGGAGACACGUCCCAGAAUAAUGGCAGCACUUUGGCAUUAUGUAAAGAUGAAAAAGUUGCAAAUUCCUGGUGAAGCUUCCUUCUUCAUGUGUGAUCCACCACUAAGGAAGGUUUUUGGUGAAGAUAAAUUGAAAUUCUCCACGGUUCCUCAGAAGAUUACUCCACACAUCACUCCACCUGGGCCCAUACAUUUGGAACAUAGGGUGAAGCUUUCUGAGGAUGGUCCAUCUGGAAAUACUUGUUAUGAUGUACUGGUUGACGUUCCAUUGUCACUGGAGGGUAAAAAGGAUUUUUUGACUAGUUUAGAGCAAAACAAAACAAUUGAUUCCUGUGAAGAAGAUAUUUCUUCUGCAUUGAAGAAGAUACACGAGCAUUGUCGCCGGCGUGCUUUCUUUCUUGGAUUUAGUCAGUCGCCUGCAGAGUUCAUUAAUACCUUAAUAACUUCUCAAGCCAGGGAUUUAAAAGUUGCUUCUGCUGAUGCUGGUCGUGAUGUGGAGAAAGAGCGUCGGGCAGAAUUCUAUGAUCAACCAUGGACUGAGGAUGCUGUUAUCCGGUACUUAAAUCGCAAGCCUGCAGUUGGAAAUGAAGCAGCUGGAAACAAGUAGUAGGUGUAACCAGUGAGCUUUUUUGUGCAGCCGACUCCAUUUAACUCGGACAUCAUUGAGAUUUUGCAACGAUGGAACACAAAACUUGUGAGUUAUCAUCAUUUCAUAGGUUUAGAUUGUUGUGAUUUUGUGUUUGUAGCAUUACUAUGCUAGGAAGGGCAGUUAUGCACAUAUGCUCAAUUAGGAAAUUUGUAUCCAUCUGUGUAGGCCUCUCUCUUUUAUUUCUCUCUUAUGUUUUUCAUUACCAUUCUAGACAUACAAUUGCUACUUCUGCUGCAGUUCUGUUUCAGAUUUAAUUCUUUUGCUUCCACA